AGUUGGGUCACGUGAUAUUAAUGUGCUAUUACCGUGCUCAUAUGAUCCAGCAUAUCAGUUUGUUUUAUUUGAGAUCUCAACUAUUUUAUGAAGCGGUGCACCGGAUAAAAAUGUACACUACACAGCUAGCUAGCGCUCACACCUUCACACCCUUUCACCAACUUAUUAUCGAUUUUGUAUUAAUUUGUAUAUACAUUCCUGAAUGUAUUUCCUUGAAGGGAUGGAGAAUCGCGAAGACGAUAUAUUGGAGCUUUCCGAUUCUGAACUGGCCACCUCGUUUCCAGACAAGGGCCCGACCAUUGUCCAAGCUCUGGUUUACAAACGAGGGGAGAAGCGGCGGCCUGAGUACCUGCUCAACCACCACCCCUUCUCUGCACCUCUCAGGCGGUUCCUGAGGCUGCUCACUCUGAUGGUGGAAACGGACGGGACGGACAAAUACGACACAGUCGUCACCACAUUGACUUGCCUCAUCAACAAAAUGGAGCGCAACGAGGUGCUCAAGUUACUGGAAGUGUGCGACGAGCCUGAGAAGAUGAAACCCCUGUUUUUAGCCAUACCAACCAACUCUGUCUGGAGCGAUCAAAUCACGGACUCCUUUGCGUUGAUCUCGGCGGAGAUAGCGGAGAAGUGCAGGCAGUGUCUGGACUGGUGGAACUCCAACGCUCACACAUCGCCAAUGUAUUGGACUAUGCCGACUAAGAGAGUCCCAGAUCUCUCCAUUGAGGAGACCAUGAAGUUAGCUUGUCAAGCAGUUCGUGAACAGGCAGGAUUUAGUGUUAGACCACAUCCGAUUAUUAAACCCAUUUCAUUUGUUGACGAUGAAAGCGGCACCAAAACCACCAUCUGUCUAUGUCAGAUUCUAAACGAAGACAAAGACUUUGAUGUUGACUCCGUGCACAGGAUGUUCUUCCCUCUGGCAGGAGCACUCCAGCACAUUCGAGACCCACAGCACCUUCACACUCCGUCCCACGUGAAACAUUUCCACAGAGAGCUGUACAAUCUAGACCAGACUAUCAUCGACAAGAGACAGACAGCGCGCCGCUUAUCUGAGGACAGCCUCAUUUGCUCCCCUUCGCCACUGUCCGACGAUGGUCGCAAGCGCAGGAUUUCGUCUAGCAGCGAGACAAGCGAUGGUCGCAGCCCAAAAAGCCCAUGCACAAAAUCGCCCCUGUACAAACGGACACUGUCAAUGCGGCCUCCUCCAAGCUUUAGUGGAGGAGUAAAACCUAUUAUUGAGAUGCCAAAUCUUAUUAAGGACCCUAGAUUGAAGAGCUCUUGAUAAGCUACAAGCUGAUGAUUAGGUUAUAGUUUUUUAAGUUUGGUAUUGCAUUUAUUAUACUAGGGCACUGAUGAAGGGAAAUUCUGGUCGAACUAGACUACAUAUUUAGGUGGCCAGUUUAAGUUAAACAUAAUUCUCCUUGGUGUGCUCUGAUAAUCGUUAUAAAUUUGUUAAAACGGUUGAAAUUGAAGGAUGUAGUCGUAAAAAGAAAGAGUGCAGAUUAAUUUAAUAAGGCAAAUCAAAGCACUUAAAACAUAGUUAAUGUAGAAUUUUGACAAGCAGAUUCUUUUUACUACUACACACUACUUCCACAAAUACUAUCUUAUCUUAUGCAUUUGCUAUUUUUAUGGCUGAGUCUUGCUAAAAUUCUAGUCCCGAGGAUGAAACUACUUCCAGCUUUAACUAACUUCUGCAGUCAGAUGUAGAUUAAGCUUUUUUUAUUAAGUAACUUAUAAAUGUUUGUGAAUGUACGGUUGUUUCCCAGUAUGUUUCUGUAAGCGGAAAAAUGUUACCUUGACAAACAUGUAACCGAGGUAAGGUUGGACCAAUUUACCAAAAUGCUUAGUACAUAAUAUAAAUAAUUGCGAUUAUAGAUAGAAAUUUAUGGAACGAAACGCGACGAAAGAUGUCAACAAGUUGAGGCGUGACUAAUAAUAGAUUCCUUAACAGUUUGUUGGGAAAAAUUUACAAUUACUGUAAAAAGGUAAAAUAGCUUUGAAGAUUGGUUCAAACUCCAUAGUUGUGGAAAACUGAUAAAUCUCGGUUAUAUUUUCAUAAGAGGUUAAUUUAAAUUCUAUCUUAAUUACUCGGCAUAAAAAUGACAAAAAACGAGCUGGAAAAGAUAAAAGGUGUACAGUGUAAAAGCUUGAAAAUGGUAGCAGCCAGUUACCAUUUCAACUCGUACAGUGAUUGUCACCUUUUCAAGCUUUUAUACAGCCACAAAAAUAUUUAUCGAGAUUUGAGCGUUGUAUUUUGAUAGAUUUUAUUGAUUAAACUAGAUAUUUGGAUUACUGUUGAAUCUACAUGCAAAGUAAUGUUAAAGUGUUUGAGGCAACAUCAUUAUCAGGUAAAAAAAUUGAUCCGGAUCGGGCCAUGGACCUCUGUUAUAUUCAAUAUUCAUGUUGUGAGAAAACCAUCUUUAUUUUUAACUGUUUGGGUUUAAUCAUGUUCAGAAAAAUCGCUUUUGGUUGUUUUAUCGUGAAUUAAGGUUUAUUGUUAUUACUUUCAAGUUACUAACCAUCACAUUUUCUAAGA